AUGCAGGGGAGCAGCCGAUUGCUUGAUAGGCGGCUCUCCUAUGCAGUCGAGAGUCUGGCGGAUGUCGGCGCUGCAAUCCGGGAGGAGGAGCCUGGCUUGGACUGGCUGGAAGGCUUCUGGGGCCAGGUGCUGGCUGGCAGCGCCCCGCCAGCGGAGUGCAAGAACCUGCUGCGACGGUCCCUGCCGGCUUGGGUCGACAUGUACAAUCGCUGGCAAGCUCAGGGCGAUUGGAAGCCAGGGCAUGCGCCAGCAGCUAUGGAUACAUACCAGUUUCAGGAGCUACUUGGCUUGCCACUGCCCAGGACGAUGGAAUUGGUGCGUCUCUUUGACCCCGUCGCUUAUGUGAAGCUCCAGCACAGCAAAUGCACAUUGGACUAUCGCCGUGUCCGGGUGCCGGUGUCCGCCUUCUUUGCAGCUGCCAUUUUCCUCUCCAGUAUUCCCAAGCAGCAGAAGAUUCGAUUUCUGCUAGGCAUGUUCGAUGAGAACGACAACGGUACCCUCGAGAUAACGGAGUUCGUCGACAUGCUGUCAUCCCUUCUCCAGGGAGCUGCAUGCCUUUUUGGGUUAUCAGAGCAUCCCGACAUGCCGAAGGGUGCUGCCAAGCAACAGCUGGGGAAGACACUGUUCCUCAGGAUCAUGGCUUCCGCCAGCACCAGGAUGUCAUUCUGGGAGGCCAAGUCCAUGCUUGUUAACGGUAGUGCUCCCUUUGCAAUCAUCGAGGACUGGUUUCUGGGCGAUUGUGGAGAUCCAUUGUCUGCUCCGUUUGCCAUGCUGCUUGAACGCUUCUCCGAAAGUGCAGUGGGUGCGCAGAUGUUGCACCCGCAGUGCAAGCAACUGCACUUGUCGCACACGGCCCCAGUCGAGCCGCCGAUGGAGGUAGAUCCCAUGCAGGACAUCGCUUGUCUGAGCCGCAGUCAGAUCAAAAUUACACACAGUGUAUUCAAUCACUGUCGCUCAGCUGGCCGCUGGACAAUCUCCCAUGCUGAAGCCGAGCAAGCUGUGGGGCCAAUUGAUUCAACGUUCUGGAGUCAGAGGCUAUCUCGCGCUUUGGAUGAGACUGCCGCAGCUCAUGACGCUGCCGGUGUCAGCAUGGCAGCCUUUGCAAAAAGACUUUGCUCAGGUACCUCUGUCCGACCUUUGCGCAUGUAUCAGGCAUGGCUGAAGGAACUAGAUCAGCUCGUGCGAUUGCAGCGUGAGCUCGAGGAGAGCCGCGCCGUGCUCAAGCAGUUCACGGCGUAUGUUUCUCGGCCUGUGCUGCCAGCUGCGGUUCGAAAAAGCUUGCUGGAAGAGUAUGACAGCUUUCAGAUGAGGCAGGCGGCAGAGUCUUCCCCGGUGCGAAAGCGGCUUUUCCAGUCCGGGCAGAUGGGCCUUGAUGACUUUGUCAUGGCCGUAUGCCCCAAGGACUACCGCCCGAAGCAGGGGAACCAGGAAGUGGAACAGGUCGUUGGUGAUUUCCUGACGAUGCAGCUAGCACAGCAGGAAAAGGCCCUAGCAGAGAAGGAAGCCAUGUUUGUUGAAGAGCAGAGCCUCGUUACCACCAGAAUGUCUUUUCUCAAGCCGCCGGUGUCUGACACAGCCUGGAAUUUAUGGAUACGGGUAUUCGAUCUUCUUGAUGUUGAUGGCACUUGGAGUCUUACGUUUGCGAAGUUGGCUGGUUCCCAGCUCCUGCCCAUUGAGGUGUGCGACUACAUGUGCAGGAACAUCGGUGGAACUGGCUUAGGUGGCCCUCGUGAUGGGUUCUCUAAAGAGGAGUUCCUGCAGAAAAUGAUUGACGUCGGCAACUGCCGACCACGCAAGGCGACGCUGAAGCAGUGCAGGCUUUGCAGCCACUGA